GGUAGUGCUCCAGUACUGUAGCCUUUCACCGUUUUUACAACACUGUAACGACUUUAAUGUCUACGUUUGCCUUUAACUUUUUUGCAGAAUUACGUAUCUGAUAUUCUGUAUUUCAGGUUUUUAUUCAGAUACAAUCUGACAUUCUUUCAGUAGUUUAUUACUUUGCUGUCUCUGAACUGCAUUCAUCAUCACCGAUAGCGCGUGAACGCAGCAGCAGGAGCUCAUCUGUUGGACGGGGAAACUAAUCAGUAGCCAAGUAAAGACUUUUCAGCACUGCUAGCUACGAGGCUAGCAAGCUCUUAAAGUCAGCCGUCCAGACGACUUAGGAAUACAGACUUUGUUCACAAAGUACAGUGUCUCUUCUGUACAAUACACAACAUCCGAGCUAUGUUUUAGGGACACCGUUUUGUUGCGCUCAAAGUAGCAAGGCGGACAGCCUCUGGCCAGCUGAAGCUUGCGGCUAACCCAUUGACGUUAACGUUAGCUGGGAAAUAAAGUGCAAGUGGAGGCAAGAAAAUGGAGCUGGACGACGUAGUCCUGUAUCAGGACGACUCGGGCAACUCUGCCAUGAUGUCCGAGAGGGUCUCGGGUCUGGCUAGUUCAAUAUACCGUGAGUUUGAACGGCUUAUCGAGAAAUACGACGAGGACGUGGUGAAGGAACUGAUGCCACUGGUCGUCGCCGUACUGGAGAACUUGGACUCGGUGUUCGCUGUCAACCAGGAGCACGAAGUGGAGCUGGAGCUGCUGAAGGAAGACAACGAGCAACUCGUUACCCAGUAUGAACGAGAGAAGGCACUGAGAAAACACGCGGAAGAGAGGUACAUUGUCUUUGAAGACUCCCAGGAUGGCGAGAAGAAGGAUCUGCAGUGUCGACUGGUGGCAUUGGAGUCACACACACGUCACCUAGAGCUGAAAACUAAAAACUAUGCAGAUCAGAUUAGCAGAUUGGACGAAAGAGAAGCAGAGCUCAAGAAGGAGUAUAAUGCACUUCAUCAGAGACACACUGAGAUGAUCCACAGCUACAUGGAGCACCUGGAGCGAACUAAACACCACCAGCAUGCAGUGACAGCAGCAGAGCCCUCAGAUGCAGGCUCAUCAGCCAGAACUCGGAAGGAGCGUCCCAUCUCCAUGGGCAUAUUCCAACUUCCUGGGACUGAUGGUGGGACCCCUGACCUCCAGAGGGAACCUGUGGACACGCCCUCUGAGCCGUGGAGAUUCAACAACCUUAGCCAUCCGCAGUCCAACACCAGCCUCAAGGAUGAAUUGGCCAACGCGAAUCACAGAGGCUCCAAGUCCAGUACUCCAACCAGCCACGAAAAUGUCUCCAAAGGUGGAACUCCUGUGUCUUCACAAAGUGGAGGAUCCAAAUCCAACACCCCCAUGUCCUCUCAGGGUGGUACCUCGAAAUUAAACACCCCCUCAUCUACACACAGUGUUAACUCUCAGUCCACCACACCGCUAUCUCCUCAUGAUGGAUUGUCCACCGGAACGAGUCUUGUGUCCAGUGUUGGGGGUGGGUUUGCCUCUGCCACACCGCUGUCUACUGCUGCUUCCGAUGUUGCCAUGGAGUCUGUGCCCCGGCCGGAACAGGAAGUUUCAGAUGGGCUCAACAAGAACCUGGACAGGAACAGUGGAAAACCAGAGGGCAGUAAGAACAUCACAGUGAUGCAAGAAGGACAGCAGGGUCAGCUUGGACAUGAAGGUCAGGGCUCUGCCUCGACGCCCCUCAAACAUGAUGAUGGAGCAGACAACCUGGAGAAGUCUGAGGUGCAGGCCAUCAUAGAGUCCACUCCUGAGCUGGACAUGGACCUUGAUGGCUGCAGAGGAACAAGCACACCAUCUAAAGGUGGCAUAGAGAACCUAGCGUUUGACCGGAACACUGACUCUCUGUUUGAGGAGCUGUCAUCUGCAGGAAACGACCUGAUAGGAGACGUGGACGAGGGAGCCGACCUGCUGGGUAUGGGUCGGGAGGUCGAACAUCUUAUCCAAGAGAACACCCAGCUGCUGGAGACCAAAAAUGCUUUGAAUGUGGUGAAAAAUGACCUCAUAGCACAAGUGGACGAACUGUCUUGUGAGAAGGAGGGCCUGCAAGGUGAGCUGAAAGCUGUCACUCAAGCCAAGAUCAAACUGGAGGAGAAGAACAAAGAAUUAGAGGAAGAACUCAAGAGGAUUCGAACUGAGCUUGAGGAAUCCAAACAGAAGGUCAAGAAUGACAAUGAGGAUGAUAGCGAUGUGCCAACAGCACAGAGGAAGCGCUUCACCAGGGUGGAGAUGGCCAGGGUCCUCAUGGAGAGGAACCAGUAUAAGGAGAGGCUAAUGGAGCUGCAGGAGGCUGUUAGAUGGACAGAGAUGAUCCGGGCUUCAAAAGAGAACCCAGCUCUUCCAGAGAAGAAGAAAUCCAGCCUCUGGCAGUUUUUCAGCCGUUUGUUUAGCUCGUCGGGCGGGGCGGCCAAGAAGCCGGCGGCGGAGGCCCCUGUGAACGUCAAGUAUAACGCACCCACCUCUCAGAUUCAGCCGUCCGUCAAGAAGAGGAGCAGCACCCUGCAGCAGCUGCCCAGUGACAAGAGCAAAGCCUUUGAUUUCCUCAAUGAGGAAGUGGCAGCCGAUAACGUGGUGUCCAGGAGAGAGCAGAAGCGGGCUCAGUACCAGCAGGUCAAAGCCCACGUCCAGAAGGAGGACAGCAGAGUGCAGGCUUACGGCUGGAGUCUACCCAAGAAAUACAAAGCGAAUGGAGGUCCGACAGAGAGUAAAACGAAGAAUCUACCUGUUCCUGUCUUCCUCAGACCACUGGAUGAGAAGGAUGCUUCUAUGAAGCUGUGGUGUGCUGCUGGCGUGAACCUCUCUGGAGGGAAAACCAGAGACGGGGGUUUGAUCAUAGGAGCCAGCGUGUUUUACAGUGACGUGCCAGGACCAGAGAGCCCUAAAAAGAAGAUAGGAUCUCAGAGCAGCCUGGAUAAACUGGAUCAAGAUAUCAAGGAGCAGCAGAAAGAGUUGCGGCAGCAGGAUGAGUUGUCGUCACUGGUUUGGAUCUGCACCAGCACCCACUCCACCACUAAAGCCGUUGUCAUUGACGCCAACCAGCCUGGAAACAUCCUAGAGAGCUUCUUUGUUUGUAACUCCCACGUCCUCUGCAUCGCCAGUGUACCAGGUGCAAGAGAGACGGACUACCCAGCUGGUGAGGAAGUCACUCCAAACUCUGAAACAGAACCUGCAGGAGACAGCACCUCACAAUCAACCAAUAGCAGCUCAGUAGAAGGCGAUGGUGUGCUCGGAGGCAUCACUGUUGUUGGCUGUGAUGCUGAAGGAGCAGCAGCUGUUCCUCAGACAGCAGGCAGUCCAGGAAAAGACGGUGAAACUGUCUCCAGACUAGCAGAGGAAGCCACAGAGGCGACAGAGGCCAGUGCAGGUCCUGCUGACCAGAGACAGAGCCUGGGGGGAGUCUACACCGAACACGUCUUCACUGAUCCACUGGGAGCUCAGCAGCCAGCAGAGGCUCCAGCCAACUACUCUCAGAGGGAGAGUGAUCUGUUGAAAGAUGGAGUAAGUUCAAACCUCAACGCCGAGGAGCAGGACCUGAUGAGAGAAGAGGCUCAGAAAAUGAGCAGUGUUCUGCCCACUAUGUGGCUGGGGGCCCAGAAUGGAUGCGUGUACGUCCACUCCUCCGUGGCUCAGUGGAAGAAGUGUCUCCAUUCUAUAAAGCUGAAGGACUCUGUGCUCGGCAUUGUGCAUGUGAAAGGGCGUGUACUGGUCGGCCUCUCUGAUGGCACUUUAGCCAUUUUCCACAGAGGAGUAGAUGGACAGUGGGACCUGACCAACUACCAUCUGUUAGACUUGGGGAGACCACACUACUCCGUCCGCUGCAUGACUGUAGUGCACGACAAGGUGUGGUGUGGCUACAGGAACAGGAUCUAUGUGGUGCAGCCCAAAGCCAUGAGGAUAGAGAAGUCAUUUGACGCCCACCCUCGUAAGGAGAGCCAGGUACGUCAGCUGGCCUGGGAUGGCGAUGGCAUCUGGGUGUCUAUCAGACUGGACUCGACUCUCAGGCUGUUCCACGCUCACACCUUCCAGCACCUUCAGGACGUCGACAUCGAGCCGUACGUCAGCAAGAUGCUGGGUACUGGGAAACUAGGCUUCUCAUUUGUGAGGAUCACAGCUCUCAUGGUGUCGUGCAGUCGUCUGUGGAUCGGCACCGGAAAUGGAGUCAUCAUCUCCAUCCCUUUGACAGAGUCCGCCAAUAAGGUAACCAAGGAAACAGGUAACCAACCAGGAAGUGCAGUUCGUGUUUACGGUGACGAAAGCGGUGAUAAAGUGACAGCCGGUACUUUUGUUCCAUACUGUUCCAUGGCUCACGCUCAGCUCUGUUUCCAUGGUCACAGAGAUGCGGUCAAGUUCUUCACUGCUGUCCCAGGUCAUGCAGUACCAUCUGCGUCCUGCGGAGCAGAGGCAGCAGGUGACAAGGCGACAGAUGCCGCAACUCCGGAAGGAACCAAGUCUAUUUUGGUGAUGAGUGGAGGAGAAGGCUACAUUGACUUUAGGAUGGGAGAUGACGAUGGCGAGGCGGAGGAUGGCGAGGAGCCCAUCAUGAAACUGCAGCCCUCCCUGGCAAAAGCUGAGCGCAGCCACCUCAUUGUCUGGCAGGUCGUGGCCAGCGAGGACUGAACUCUGACCUCAGACCCCUGAGGAAUGUUUUGCCUUCUCUCUCAAACCCGCUGCCAUGAUGGAGAAGGAGUUCAGGUGGCCGACUCCGCUCCACAGGCACGAGUUUAAUCAGCACUUUUUUCUUCCUCAGAUCUGAACAGUAAGAGUGAAACGAGCAAAAACUGUUCUGAGAGCUUAUUCAGUGGUGAACUGGACUGGACGAGUGCAUACAGAUUGACGCAAACUGCAUGUUAUUGGUUUAUUUUAUUAUUCUCUUAUUUGUUGUUUUUUAUUUUUUUAUUUUAUGGUAUUGAAAUUCAAUCGAUCAUAAUGCCUCUGUCUAUUUUAAUAAUAUUUGAGGUAAAACUGUUAUCAGAUGCAGACCUUUUGUUGUUUUGUUAUAUUUGCUCAGCAAAUACAAUGAAUUUUCCUCCUAACAUUUCCAGGUUCCCUCCUCAGUUCAGUCUUUGUUUGCUCAUGCUGGAGUCGACUUGAUGCUAAAUCAGACCGCUCCCCUGUUGUCCUUCUAUAGUGUAAGAUCAUGUGGGAUUCUAUAUGAAACCCACAUCCUAUUUCGUGGAGUUUUAUAGUUUUUCAUCCUUUGAGAAGCUAGGUUUUUGAUUGUAUGCCAGAAAAAUGUAAUUGACCGCCACAUGACUCUAGGUCCGACUUUGUUGAAGUCAAAUGCAAUCCGUCAGAUUCAUCUCGUUCGUAUCUGUCUGAGCAGAGGAUGGCCCCGUAUUUAUCUAAAUAUUCAAGAUGUGUUAGUGGAAGCCCCAAUUUAUUCCUCUCAUGCGUGCAUUACCAUGACAUUAAAGUCACAGAGCUAAGCAUCUGAUUUUAUGAAAUACGGUGGCAUUGUUUAGAAAAAUCCAUCUUCUAAACAUCUGAAAGAAAAAAUAUUCUUUCUGCUGCAUGAUGAAAAAGAUUUGUAACCCAUUUCUUUUCCAUUUUGGGAAUGCCUUCAUAUCAGCGGUGUGUUCAAUGUCUGUCGCUUGGUCCACAACUUUGGUCCAUACUGAAAUAUCUCAACCAAAGCACCACCACCAGGUCUAAAUUUUAUUUUGUCCAAUUCUUUGAUGAACAAAAUGAACAAAACACACUAAAACUAAGAACAUGGUAAACAUUAUACCUGUUAGCAUUGUCGUUGUGAGCAUGUUGCUAACAUUAGCAUUUUGCUCAAAGUACAGCCUCACAGAGCUGGAAAUAGACUGUUAGUCUUGCUUAGCUCUGUGACUUGAAUGUUAUAAUAAAUCAUUAGAGGCAAUAACUAACUCUGUGACUGACACAAGUCCAUUCACAAAACCUAUAAUGAUGAAAUGAAAAGCAGCAGCUGCUGUCACAUCUGUCACUACAUACUGUAAAUCCUCCCUUCCUUUGAGUAACUUUGGUUGCAGUACUGAAAGAUUCACAGACUCUGUCUACCCACCAGCUCCAGCUUGUAGACACUUUAAAAUAUGCCUAGUUAUUGAGUGUUGAAAGGAAUAACUUGCAGGCUUUUCAAGUGUGACAAAGUAUUUAUUUUUUCUUGAACGAAUGUUACAUUUGCUACCAAAGGAUAAAGAAUUAAAGAUUGAAAGUUUGCCACAUGCUGAAACAAUACUCGUGUCUCAACUAACAUGGCCUCUUUAAGCAGCAUGUUUGAGUCUAUAGCCAUGUAGAUAACAUGCAAGUUUUUGUAACAGAAAUCCUGGUGUAUAGAUAAGAUAUAUUUUUAGACUUUCAUAUUAGGAAAUUGAAAUAUUUUCAGGGUGUGAGAGCAGAGAAUGUGCUGGUUCUGUUAUUAUGAGAGGAUAAAACAAGCAGACACGCUGUGGGUUACAUACCCCCCCCCCCCCCCCCAAUCCUUAUCUUGACAUUUAGAGGUCAAAAUUCAUAACAUUUACAUUUUUGGUUCUGCUCUGCCCACUUUGUGCAACAUGAUGUUGUUUAUUUAAAGUUAUCAGUGAUAUCUCCUCCUGAUGGAAAACUGAUUGAAGUCUAUUUUUAUGAGCUUUUUUUAAAAAGAAAAAUUCUUUUAGACUGUACUCUCAGAGUACAGUGCCCAAGAUGUUCAUUUGGGUGUAAUAUGAGACUAUAUAUUUCUGGCCUCUGUGUACCAGUACGCUGCACUGGUAUGUUCUUUGUUUUGUCGUUGUAUUGAACAGUAUCAGAGGAGGCCUGUCCUCAUCAUGAGUGUGCGUGUGUGUGCAUGUGUCCUCUCCAGGAAAGGAGAAAAAUUUAUUGCAAUUUAGCCAUUUCAGUAUUUAUUUACAAUGAUUGAGCCUUUGCAAUUCAGAAUGUAUCUUUGUACAUUGAAUAUGAAAAUAUAUAUGAUUUAUGUAUGUAUGAAACAUGUAACUGGCUUGGGUUUGUUGUUUUGCAACAGUUUUUGCUGUUGAAAUGAUAUGAAUUUGUUUUGAAGGGGUUAACCUUACUCAGCUAUGCACUAUGUCUCUGAGGUGAGAGGAGUUGUUUGGUGGGGGGACUGCUUCAGAACUUUUGUUUUUUUAGUAGAAACCCCUCAGCUUGUCCACAGACCCUGACACAAUCAGUUUUCAGCUCUAAAGGCUGAAGUCCAUGAGUGGGCAUCUUUAUCCCACCACUCUCGCCCUCCUCCACAGGUCUCUGACACCCCUCUCAUCUACAAAUGCGUGUCAUUACCUUGGCAGGUACUUUGUUUCUUCCAAGUUAGCAGUACACACCAUCUUGUACUUCUACAGCAUCUCUAGCCUUACUUAUUUUUAACAGUCAAUUAAAGCAACGUUUGUGGGCAGA